AUGGAGAUAUCCAGGCUCACCGUUGUUCCGCCCGCGAGUCGGGCAAGUGCUUUUUCGGGCGUGCCAUCGCAUCCGUCGCCCAGCCGAUGGUCUGCGAGGAGCUGCAGCCUGCCUAUCGGACAUGCAAGCGCUGGGCCUUUUGGGCCCUUGCAGGGCACCGCCGCAUGUGCUGUGUUGUGCGCAUGGCGCAUGAAGGGCGUGAAGUGCCACAGAGAGGCCAUGGCCCGGUGCAGAAGGUCCAGCACGGACAUUGUGCCGGAUGGCACGAUUAUGGGUGACAGGCCUAAGGUCCGGUACAUUUGGCAAGUUCCGCAGGCUGCAUCACCAGAGCUUGUCCUUGCAGGGCGCUCCAAUGCCGGGAAGAGCACUCUUCUGAAUGCUGUGCUGGGCGCAGCCGGAAUGAAGAAAGCUGCCCCGAUGUCCCCCAGGGGUGGUAGAACUCGUACGCUGAACUGGUAUCCGAUAGGCUUUCGGAGACCAUUGGGCUGGUAUGGGGAUGGCGUCCGAAUUCCGCCUGAGUGGAAUGAGAAUGAAGACUUGAGUCUCGAAGAUGAGCUGAGAGCGGCCGGUGAAGGCUGCUGUUUGGUGGAUUGCUUUGGCUUAGGUGAAGUGGACUACUCGGAGCUAAAGGCUAGGCGCCUCCAAACCUGGGGUCCAUUGCUUCAGAAGUUCCUUAGCGAGCGUCGUGCCUUACAGACAUUUUGCCAUCUCAUCAGCUCGGAGCAAGAAGGCCAGCUGUCUGAUGGCGACCGGCAGCUUGUAGACAUCUUUGACCGGAGUGAAGCUGAGCGCGACGCUCGAGGCUUUUCACCAGUUCGAUAUGUUGUCGUCUUAACGAAGAUAGACCUCUUCGAUCCGUCCAUGGUCAGCGAGUUCCAGGAACGCCUGAGUGAGGCAUUUGCGCAGCUGGGGCGACCACCCUCCAGCAUCGUGAGCUGCGCAUCGCUCCGUUACUCUGGGAUCCGUGAUUUCCAAAGGGUCGUCGGAGAAGCUGCCGGGCGAGGCUGGGACCAGCUGGACCAGUGGAUCCUUGAUGCCACAAAACUGCAAAGGACUCCGCAAGGUCGAAGUAAAUUCCAAAGGCAGCAAGUCAAAGCCGCGUACACCUCCACAGCGAAGCAAUCUGCCCGGAGACCUGCUCGGGGCGGCAAAGGAGCUAGCACAAUGAUGCCGCCAUCAGUCUAG